AUGUCCCAUGGUGCACCGCUGCUGUCACAACAACAACAACUCUUCGCCAUUUCAGAGUCAGGGGGGCCAACACUCCCGCGAAAGAAGUAGCUUAGCGGAGCGGAGGAGCCCGAGUGUGUCCGUCCGUCUCCGGGUUCACCAUCGCUUUCCUUCUCGCUGCGGUCGGACAUUGUGCUCCGAUGCAGGUCACUGGCUCCGCGCGGAGGAGCUCCUCCAGCGGCCCGGGCUGAAGUGCCAAUUGUCGGAUUUACCUGCUAACAGCUAGCUAGUAAGCUAGCGGAGUGUAAACAAGGAUGAAGCGGAUCAAAGGAGGAGAGGAGGACGGCAACGGCUCCUCCAGCGAGAGCUCACCGGAGGCUUGCAAGAAGGUGCGGACGCAGACUAGCGAGGAGUCCGAGGAGGAGGAGGAGGAGGAGGAGGCCAGUGAGACACCAGAGAGUGACUGGGUGAGACUGCCUCAGGAGCUCCUGCUGCACGUCUUCCAGUACCUUCCGCUGCUAGAUCGGGCAUACGCCUCUCAGGUGUGCCGCCGGUGGAACCAGGCUUUCCACAUGCCCGAGCUGUGGAGAUACUUUGAGUUUGAGCUUAACCAGCCAGCAAGCUCUUACCUGAAAGCCACACACCCGGACCUCAUCAAGCAGAUCAUAACGAGGCACUCCAACCACCUGCAGUAUGUCAGCUUUAAGGUGGACAGCAGUACAGAGUCUGCAGAAGCAGCGUGCAACAUCCUCUCACAGUUGGUGAAUUGCUCACUGAAGACCUUGGGGCUCAUUUCUACAGCCAGGCCCAGUUUCAUGGAGGUUCCAAAGUCUCACUUCAUCUCAGCCCUGACUGUGGUGUUUGUCAACUCCAAAUCGUUGUCUUCACUGAAGAUCGACGACACGCCGGUGGACGAUCCGUCUCUGAAGGUCCUGGUGGCCAACAACAGGGACACCCUGAAACUGCUGAAGAUGAGCAGCUGCCCGCACGUCUCUCCGGCAGGGAUCCUGUGUGUGGCAGACCAGUGUUACGGCCUGAGAGAGCUGGCACUAAACUACCACCUCCUGAGUGACGAACUCCUGCUGGCCCUCUCCUCGGAGAAACACGUGCACCUUGAACAUUUGCGCAUCGACGUGGUGAGCGAGAACCCCGGCCAGCACUUCCACACCAUCAAGAAGACCAGCUGGGACGCCAUGGUGCGCCACUCGCCCAAAUUCAACCUGGUCAUGUACUUCUUCCUCUACGAGGACGAGUUCGGCCCUUUCUUCAACGAGGAGGUCCCGGUCACGCACCUCUACUUUGGUCGCUCGGUGAGCAAGGAGGUCCUGGGCCGCGUCGGCCUCCACUGCCCCCGUCUGGUGGAGCUGGUGGUGUGCGCCAACGGCCUGCGUCCUCUGGAUGAGGAGCUGAUCCGCAUCGCCAAGCGCUGCACCCAGCUGUCGGCCAUCGGCCUGGGCGAGUGCGAGGUCUCCUGCAGUGCGUUCGUGGAGUUCGUCAAGUUGUGUGGCCGGAGGCUCUCCCAGCUGUCCAUCAUGGAGGAGGUGCUGAUUCCAGACCACAAAUACUCCCUGGAUGAGAUCCACUGGGAGGUCUCGAAGCACCUGGGCCGGGUCUGGUUCCCAGACAUGAUGCCGACCUGGUAAAGUGAAGCCAAAGAGGCCUACAGUACGUUUUUGCAUAGAAAAGCCUUUAAACGCUCAGCCGUAGUGGAAUGUUUCGGGGCCGACAUGGAGAGCGUACACUCUUGAAACAGGGCUGGGAUGUGAUGUGGCACCUGACUGCUAUACAGCGUUAUCACGUCAUGCUUCAUCUGGGGCGAGAACUUCACAUGAGCUUUAUGACGAGAGUGUGAGAGUGUGUGUGUGUGUGUGUGUGUGUGUGUGUGUGUGUGUGUGUAUGUUGAUGUUUUUUAACACUGGAGUAAUUGGGAAGAUUAGGUGCACAAUUGCAUGUUGUUACAUUACCACUUGGCCACUUUACUUAAUUCCAGUCUGAGAGAGCAGCUCUGCACUCUUAACAAAAUAUGGCAUUAGAGGUUUCCAAAACGGCUGCAGUAUUAUUUGUCCAUUGUAUGUGACAGAAGGUGUUUUGUUCAGGUAGUUUGUAAGGUGUCGUCG